AAUUCAUUGGCUGUAGAAUAUUUACACGAAUUUUAAAACGAAGGCAAGUUGGAACAUCUUUCUGGAGCUUGUAAACAAAAUGGCAACACAGAAUACUAACCCUGCUGCCCAAACAACAGGAAGGAGCAAGGACAUGUCCAGCUCUUCAAAUCAAGCUCGAGAUAACCACUCGGUCAGCAAACGACUUCAACAAGAACUCAUGACUUUAUUGACUAAAGGUGAUCCAGGCAUAUCUGCUUUUCCUGAUGGAGACAACCUUUUUAAAUGGAUUGCAACCUUGACAGGACCAACAGGAACGGUAUAUGAAGGAUUAACCUACAAAUUGACCCUUGAGUUUCCAAGUGGUUACCCGUACCAAGCCCCUACUGUAAAGUUUGACUCCCCAUGCUACCACCCAAAUGUUGACCAGAGUGGUAACAUCUGUCUGGACAUCCUGAAAGAGAAGUGGUCCGCCCUGUACGAUGUCCGCACCAUCCUGCUGUCCAUUCAGAGUCUUCUUGGAGAGCCAAACAAUGACAGUCCAUUGAAUGGUGAUGCUGCCGCCUUGUGGCCAAACCAAGAAACCUACAAGUCUGUGUUGCUGGAGAAAUACGAAAAAGAUGUCCGCAGUAAACAGUCAUAGCCAGAGAAAUAAUGGACACUUCCGUGCAAUAUCUUCAUCUAGCAUGUCUGAGACAUGCAUCAAAAGAGCAUAAGUUUAUGCUUGUAUCACAUUAUAAAAGAGAUAGGAGUGAACUGACAAAAAUGUGUGUACUUAAUAACCCACUGGAGGUAGUAAAGGAAAAAAGAACUUUUUUUCUUACCAAAAGUAUUUAGCCAGAUCUGUUUAAAUAUCAUAUUUAAAUGACCAUAUUCUUUUAUAUAUAUUUAAAUUCUGUAUGCAUUUCUCUUGACUCCCAUCACAAACAAUUUUUGUCAGAUUAAGAAACAAUUCACAAUAGAACAAUUGUAUAUUUUUUUUAUUUUCAUUAACACAUAUUUUAAUCUGACACAUUAAUUUUUUGUGGAGAAUGAUAUAGGGUGUGCGUCAUUGUGUAUGUGUGCGUAGAAUGUGUAUGAUGUUUGCAUUUUGUAUUUAUUUUAAUUUUUUUCAUUACUGUUGUACAUCUUACUUAACAUCGUUCUUUGAAUCUCCCUAACUUUUUCUAUCUUUUCUACUACUUUUGGUGUUUAUUAAAUCUAUAUGAUAGGUUUGAUAACUUGUAAAAAAGAAUGUACUCAUAUGCCUAAUCUUUGGAAAACAGUUGUCAAAUAUUCCAACAGAAUAAUUGGAAUCCUUUAUUGAAAAAUGUUAUUUCAAUAAAUUUAAUUAAACAAA